UUUGAGAUAGAACCAGAGAAUCCAGCUACCUAUAUCACCCUGGCUAAUAUUUAUGCUAAUGCUGGUAUGUGGACUAAGGUAGCCAAGGUUAGAAAGGAUAUGGACAAUAGAGGAAUAGUAAAGAAGCCAGGGAAGAGCUGGAUUGAAAUUAAAAGGCAAGUGCAUGUGUUCUUAGUAGGCGAUACAUCUCACCCUAAAAUAAGUGAUAUACAUGAUUUCUUAGGAGAGCUCUCAAAGAAAAUGAAGGAAGAAGGCUAUGUUCCAGACACAAAUUUUGUGCUGCAUGAUGUGAAGGAGGAGCAGAAAGAGCAAACAUUUCACCACGGUGAGAGGCUUGCUGUUGCCUUUGGAAUAAUGUCAACUCCACCAGGAACUGCAAUCAAGGUUUUUAAAAAUUUAAGAACUUGUGUAGACUGUCACACUGCAAUGAAAUACAUAUCAAAGAUUGUUCAAAGAAAAAUAAUAGUGAGAGAUUCAAAUAGGUUUCAUUGUUUUGAGAACGGAAGAUGCUCAUGCAAAGACUAUUGGUAGUAGUAUACUGCAAUAGCAGCUUUAUUUAGCAUUGAAUGCACU